AAAUAAACUAAAAAAGAAAAAGAAAAAAGAGUCGUGGGGAAAGCCAAUUGGCUAAAAAGUACAUAACGUAACAGGUGGCCGGAUUUAUAUAUGUUACAAAACGAACGCUCCCUCCAUUCUUAGCGGCGAUCCGUUUAACACCUUUCUCUCUCUUCUCUCUCUCUUCUUUCUCUCACACACACUAAAAACACACACACACACACGAGAACAUUCAACAAACCCUUCGUCAUCAUAAUCAAAAUCCUUUUCUGCUUUUACUUUUUUGUUCCCCCAGAAUAUCUCGCACGCCUGUUCACAUAUUAUUUAUUGCUUCCGCCUGUAAACGAAACGCAAGCUCGUUCCCCUUCGGAUCUGUGGAUAGCAAGCGGAGCUGCAUUUGGAGUGUUCCUCGACGUUGAUUGGCUGCAAUAUAUUUGAUUUUUUGCGUAUAUUCGCGUACAUUGUGAUUUGUGUGCGUGUAUAUACGGGUGAUUUUGGGUGCAAUGGAGAAGGAGAGGAAAAAGUAUCCGAUUGGAGCAGAGUAUUAUACUCUGUAUGAGGAGGUUGGGACUGGAGCCAGUGCUUCGGUUCAUCGUGCUCUGUGCACUCCACUCAACGAGGUCGUUGCAAUCAAAAUUCUCGACUUUGAGCGCGAUAAAUGUGAUCUGAAUAACGUUUCACGGGAAGCACAAACGAUGGUACUUGUUGACCAUCCCAAUGUUCUCAAAUCCCAUUGUUCCUUCGUUAGUGAUCACAAUCUGUGGGUGGUAAUGCCUUACAUGGCUGGAGGUUCUUGCCUACACAUUUUGAAGGCUACACAUCCAGAUGGUUUCGAGGAGGUUGUUAUUGCUACGAUUUUGCGUGAGGUAUUGAAGGGCUUGGAGUAUCUUCAUCAACAUGGCCAUAUUCAUCGGGAUGUCAAAGCUGGGAAUGUUCUGAUUGAUACACGUGGUGGAAUCAAACUGGGGGAUUUUGGUGUCUCUGCCUACUUGUUUGAUGCAGGUGAUAGGCAACGCAUGAGGAAUACAUUUGUGGGCACUCCUUGCUGGAUGGCACCGGAGGUUAUGGAGCAACUGCAUGGUUAUGACUUCAAAGCUGACAUUUGGUCUUUCGGCAUAACUGCUUUGGAGCUUGCGCAUGGUCACGCCCCGUUUUCAAAGUACCCUCCAAUGAAGGUAUUGCUUAUGACAUUGCAAAAUGCACCACCUGGUCUUGAUUAUGAGAGAGACAAAAAGUUUUCGAAGUCCUUUAAGCAGAUGAUUGCUAGUUGUUUGGUGAAAGAUCCUUCAAAAAGACCUUCAGCUAAAAAAUUGCUAAGGAAUUCUUUUUUCAAGCAAGCUAGGUCAAAUGAUUAUAUUUCUAGAACUCUUCUUGAAGGGCUGCCAGCUCUUGGUGAUCGUCUUCAGGCAUUGAAGAGAAAGGAGGAAGAUAUGCUUGCACAAAAGAAAAUGCCGGAUGGACAGAAAGAGGAAAUAUCCCAGAACGAAUAUAAACGUGGGAUCAGUGGUUGGAACUUCAACCUGGAAGAUAUGAAGGCGCAAGCUUUGUUGGUACAGGAUGAUGAUGUGGUUUGUGAAAAAGAUGAAAAUAUGCAAACUAAACAAUUGCAGGACCAGCCAUCUUCUUCCAAAAGUUGUAAAGUACUAGAACACCAGUUGUCCUUUGCAAGCCAAUAUUCUGAUGCUGAAGAUUCCGAUGAUAAUACCGUGCCCUUGAACACAUCAUUGAACUCCACAACUAACAUUGGUAAUUGUGAAAAAUCCAAUGACGACGGGAGUGUUCCUGGUUCAACUUUAGAACAGCCAAACACGAAUAUGUCUAUUGGCCAUGGGAAUCGGACAGAAAGCAGUUUAGCGUCAGAGGUGAAUAAAUCAUCAGAGGGAGCUCCCACAAGGUAUAAUCAGAAUGACAAGAUCCAAAAUCAGUCACAGAGUUUGUUACAUGCCGGGCCUACCAAUCUGCAAUCGAUAGACUCACAGUCGGACAUAAUUUCCAAAGGUUCAAAAUUAUUAGUUAAUGGUGAAGAAGUUGACGAGAAGGCAAAGAAUCCAGUUGUUCAGCAAAAAGGACGAUUUAAGGUUACGUCAGAGAAUGUUGAUAUGGAAAAGGCUGCUCCGGCUCCUAUACUACAGAAAAGCCACAGUGUACAGGUGAUGGCUCAACUUCCUGGCAUUUCUUCACCAUUGACUUCUGAGGCUGCUCCAGCAAAUUCUCCGGGUCAGGGCUUGUUUUACCCUCUGCAGUCUGUUCUAAAUACAAAUAUUCUUCAAAGGGAGACUAUUCUUUUUCUAAUGAAGCAAGUAGUUCUUGGGGAAGCUUCAGGCUCAACGGGCACAUUAAACACGGAGAUGGCAGAGAAAUCAUUGGUAUGCAAAAGUUUAGGGAUAUACUAUAACCAAUUAGAGACUGCUCACGAAAGGGAAAAAGAGUUGCUCCGUGAGAUAAGUGAUUUACAGUGCAGGCUUCUAAUCACCCAAGAAGAGCUCCAAAAAUAUAAAUCGAUACACGGCGAACUCUCGAAUUUGACACAUUUCUAGGUAAAGUUUAUAUAUAGCUCUGCUAACUUGCGCAGAUACCAACAGGAUGCACUUGGUCAUGUAUUAUCUUCCAAGUUUGUAUCGUUUAGUUUUACUACUAGACUAGCUUAUUCGAUUAUAAUUUACGAUUACGGUUUACGAUUUAUGAUUUAUGAUUUAUUAGUAUUCUUCCAGCCUAUCA